GCGGGCCUCUGACUCCCCUCCGAAGGAGCGCCUAGGGCGCCUGCGCAACCCCUGGCCCGCGGCUCUGCCCACCCGCUCCGAGAGGCCUUGCUCUCUGUCUGGCAGAUGCUGGGGGGAUCUGAUGACCCCAGCGCAGGUGGGCCUGUCCCCCAUAGACCCCGGAGAAGGAAGGAGGAAAUGCAGUGACAAGCGGUGUGAGAAGUGGGGGAAACAGAGAGGUGGCGCGGCGGGUGAGGGGCACGAGGGCACCAGAUAGAGGUUCCAGGCGUGCAGAGUGAGAAGUCUGGCAGCGAGAGCAGCGAGCUGGGCCUUGGUGCACCGCCAGGGUCUACGCUGUUGUGGCGACUACAAGGAAAGUCUGGCGGGCUCUGACGCGCCGCCCUCUCUCACUGCUGCCGCGAUACAAGUACCUGUGGCGGGAGAGGCCUCGCAUUGUUGGUCUGAGGAUUGACGUGCAGUCAGCCCAUCAGCGCUGGUGGUGGUCCUGACUUUCGUCUUGUUUGCAGAGGAGUCCAACCCGACUCGGGAUGCAGAGCUUCCUGCAGUUGCUGAGGGGAAGCGGAGGUGCUGGCCUGCCCUUGGCGGACCUGGUGACCCUCGCAGGCAGGCUGUGCCGGGAGGUCCAGGACGACCCCGCCCAGGUGCAGACCUUGGUCACGGCCGUGCUGGACAGCCAGCUCCGCCUGUACCUCUUGGACAACGCGGACGUGGCCCUGGUGUGCGCCAGCGUGCUGGCCCAGCAGGAGCAGAACCGGGCUGCCUGCCAGCUGCUAGAGGGAUGCCGGGUGCCGGGUGGCAGCCUGAAGCUGGUGCAGCUCUGGAAUGACAUCCACUACCGUCUGGUCAUGAAGAGGCUCGGCGUGGCCACGCUGACCCCGGUGCAGAAGUUCCGGUGCAGGAAGAGGAACCCACCGCCUGCCUCCCUCUGCCCUGAUGGCCUCAAGAGCCGGAACUUCCCCAGAGAAGUUCGCCAGAAGCUGCAGGAGUUUGCUUCGGGUGUGAGCACCAACCCCAGCAAGGCCGAGCGGGAGGACCUGGCCUCGGAGACGCGCUUGACCACGGAGCAGAUCUACAACUGGUUCGCCAAUUACCGGCGGCGCCAGAGGGCCCUUGUGCAGCGCGCGGCGCCAGCCCGCGACUCGGCGGAGGACCACACCGCGAGGGAGGCCGGCCCGAUCCCCCCGCAGCCCAUAGGCCAGCCCCACCUUGGCUCUGGGUGCGUGGACAGGCCUCAGUGGUCGGCAGGACCUGAGGAAAGUGGGUCUGUACAGACCCAGGAGACCACCCAAGGGCCGUGGGAGCCACUGGUCCUGGCCCCAGACUUCUCUGGAGACGAGACCAUGCCAAAGUCACUGGCUCCCAGGUCUCUGCAGGGUGGUGAGAUGUACCAGGAGGGGCCUAGCCACGAUCCUGCCACUCUUCCUCCCGUCUUCCCUGGCUCUGGUUUCUGCCCUCUGGCUGCUGGCAGCGACAUGCUGGAUCCCUCUCUGGGUGCCCCCGAGUCGUGGCUGACGUCUCUUGCACUGGAAUCCUCCAAGGAAGUUUCCUUCCAGACUAGGCCACUGAUCCACAGUCACGGGCUGGACCUCACGAUGCGCCCUGCAGAUGCUCCUCUGGCUGUGUCCAUCACCGCCCUUGGUGAGGCCAGCCCCACAGGAUUCGCUGACCCUCCCAGCAGCAACGCCCGGAGCACAUACCUGGAGGAGGGUCCAGGUACCAGCGGUGGCCAAGCGGAGCCACAGGCGAGCGGCUUCCUGGUGCCCCGGCUUCCACUGCAGGCUCCUGAGUUCACCCUCACCCAGAGCCCCCCGGAGCUGGCCCCGGCCCCGCCUGCCUUCCCUGGCCCCGUGCCGGCCAUGGACCUGGGCCAGCCUAUGCCCUCCAGCCAGGUGCAGUGGCCCGAUGGCCAGACCUCCAGCGACGCCUUCUGGGGAGCCAGGAUGCUCCUUGAGCUUUCAGGGGGCAGCCUGGGCUGAGCUGCCCCUCGGGAGCCUGGCCAGC